AUGAGCGUAUUUGCACCUAUAUCAUUAUCAUUUGAUUGGUUGCAACUGAGUGACAGGAUUAGCGAUAUUGGAAUAACAAAUUGUAAACAGUAUGUAGGUAUUACUUCAUAUUCGAGACACAAUCGUUUAUUAUCAGAGAAAAGAAAAUGGUUUUCUUUUAUUAAAUUAAGACGCGGUAUAAAAAAUGUAAAAAAAUCUGGCGCAUCCGCUUCAAGCUUAAAACCGCAAGCUAAACCAGCAAUGGUAAAAAAACCCGUAAUGGCAAAUAAACCAGCUGCCCCAAUAUCAACAAAAAAUGUACAAGCUAAAGCUGUAAUAGCAAAUAAAUAUUAUACUCCAAUUACAACAGAAAAUGUGCAAGCUAAACCUGUAAUGGCAAAUAAAUAUUAUACUCCAAUUACAACAGAAAAUGUGCAAGCUAAACCUGUAAUGGCAAAUAAAUAUUCUACCCCAAUUACAACAAAAAAUGUGCAAACUAAAGCUGUAAUAGCAAAUAAAUAUUAUACUCCAAUUAAAACAGAAAAUGUGCAAACUAAACCGGCAAUGAUAAACAAACCUGCAAUGAUAAACAAACCUGCAAUGAUAAACAAACCCGUAAUGGUAAAUAAACCAGCUGCCCCAAUAUCAACAAAAAAUGUGCAAGCUAAACCUGUAAUGGCAAAUAAAUAUUCUACCCCAAUUACAACAAAAAAUGUGCAAACUAAAGCUGUAAUAGCAAAUAAAUAUUCUACUCCAAUAUCAACAAAAAAUGUACAAGCUAAAGCUGUAAUGGCAAAUAAAUAUUAUACUCCAAUUACAACAAAAAAUGUGCAAACUAAACCGGCAAUGAUAAACAAACCAGCUGCCCCAAUAUCAACAAAAAAUGUACAAACUAAAGCUGUAAUGGCAAAUAAAUAUUAUACUCCAAUUACAACAAAAAAUGUGCAAACUAAACCGGCAAUGAUAAACAAACCAGCUGCCCCAAUAUCAACAAAAAAUGUACAAACUAAAGCUGUAAUGGCAAAUAAAUAUUAUACUCCAAUUACAACAAAAAAUGUACAAACUAAACCUAUAAUAUCAAAUAAAUAUUCUACUCCAAUUACAACAAAAAAUGUACAAACUAAACCAACAAUGAUAAAAAAACAUGUAAUGGGAAAUAAAUAUGCUGGUUCAACUCAAGGCGCAAAAACAAAAGCACUUCCUCCUAAGAAUAAUAGCAGAAAUAAAAAAUGGUCAAAAGAAGUGAAAAGCUUAAGAACAAAAUUUAUAAUAGCUACAAUUUUAUUUAUUAUAUUAUUGAGUUUGUGCAUAACAUUUCCUACUGUAAUUGAAAUUUUUCUAGGGUAUUUUGCCUUCUCGUAUGCUUCUGCAGCUUUUGGAUGCAUAUCGUUGAUCGGUUUGAUAGUAUAUGAAAUGAUUAUUAGCAAAUUAUUUAAAAUAUAUAGAAAAAUUGUAUUCAAAUAUAGAAUGUAA